GUCAUGCGGGUACGGGUCAUCGUAAAUUCUAACUACUAAAUACUCCCCGUAUCAGGCGCGUAGAAAUUUGAAUGUUAAACCUUGUUCUACUGCAAAACCUUCAACAAUCAACACUACUGCAAAUCACAUAUUCCACCACGCUCAUUAUCCUUCGUCGUUGAUCUGCCAUAACUACUUCCUUCAUUACAGGUGUUUUCUAGUCCCAGGCGUGAUUUCUCUAGUUAGCUGGACGUUUACUGCUCAGUUUUCUGUCAGCAUAUAUCGUUGGCGGCCUGUGCUAUUAGUUUCUUGUGAGGUUAUAUUUAAGGAAGUUGCACAAUUGUGGCUUUUGUUAAAUUUAUUUGAACAAAUGGCUAAGAAAAAGAGGACUAAUAAAAAGCCGUUAGCAUCACAUGAUAAUAUAGUUAGCAAAGAUGAAACACGAACCGAGCAAGAAAAGGAUAUAGGUUCAUCUAUUGACACAGAACUUGAACGCCAGAUUGCUGGGGUAAAGGCACUUGCUGACAUAGAGGUUGAACAUCUGCUUACUGGGUUGCGCUUGAUUCGUUCAUGCUUUAAUAAGGAACAGCUGCAAACACCUGUACUGCAGUUCUUUAAAGAGAAUCUUCCUAAUGUUUCAGUAGUUAAAAACAGUGAAGAUGAGCAUUUUGAUCUAAGAUGGAAAGAUGAAGAUGGGUAUGGUGGAGAUAUUCACGCAUCUCUUUUCCAUCAAAUGAGUAUGGCUUAUCCUUCAUAUUCUGAUGCAAGGCAGUCUUUCGGUGGAUUUCAGUUUUCAGUUGGGAUGCCAGAAGGUUUUCAAACUCCAGGGGCUCAAAGCCAGAGAUUAUCUGUUGGAAUGACACCGAAAACCCUCAGGGUGCCUAAACAUGGGGAGAUGCUUCUUUCUGUACAUGGCUCCCCACUUGGUGUCUACAAAGAAGAUAAUAUGGAAGCAAUACGUGAGUCGGAAGAAGGUUGAAUCAUGAAUUUUUAUGUUGCUUAUGCACUCGGAAGAUAUUAGAAUGCUCUCUGUUUUGAGAAGCAUAUGUAUGCAGUACGUAUUGACAUAAAGCAGCUCUAGUUAUUCUAACCAUGUUUCUGCAUUGAGGAUUUUCAAUUUUUCCAGCUACUUGUUUAAAUUCUAUUUGAUGUAAAACAUAUGAACAUACAUCCUAAACAGGUUUAUCUUUGUAAUCCUUUUCAACUGUUGUAAUAGUGUAUGUUAUCAUAUGUAUCUAUGCAAGUUGGUGAAUCAGUGUUUUUCGUUUGCAA